GAGAUGAGAACUGCCCGUCGCGGACAAUCCCUUGAGCUAUGCCGGGAGGUUCAACUUCAGUCGUCUGAUGGACUUCGCGCUGUGAACAGCUCCGUCGCGCCGAGUCCUGCUGCUCUGCUUGGUUCAGUUUAGUUUAUUUAGUGUUCCCUUUUGCUCCAUGCCGACAAGGGAGACAUCUUCAUGGGCAAGAAGGGUAAUAAACGAAAGACCCGCUGGAGAGUGCUUCCUAUUGGAGACGAUGCCGACUGCUUGUAUUCGACGAACGAGGACGACGGUGAGGCGGACCACGCUGCCUCCUCACCGACUGCCACGAACGGGCCUGGCUCGUACGCCCGAGCGGCUCAGCCCGGGCGCGGGAAGCCGGGCUCGAAGCCGCGACCUUCGGGCUAUCAGCCCGCUUACUACAGGCCGCAUCGCUCCAUGCCUGAGAGCAGGCAGCCGUUGGUCACGGCAGAGAAGAAGACUUUCAACGAAGAAGAGUACACCAAGAUAACAACGCCUCGUCAGGAUGUGUUGUUCAAGAAGGGGUACCUGGGGCGCAAGAAGACCGUCGCCAGCGCGACGACGGCGGCUUCGAGCGCCAGCGACCCCGCCGCCGCUGCCGCUGCCGCCGCCGCCGCCGCCGCGGCAGCGGUCACUGGCGCCGCCCUCACUGCCACCAACUGCAUC